AUGGCGCAACAAUAUCUCAAGGGGAAGACUGCCAUCGUCACCGGCGCAGGGAAGCCCACCGGGAUUGGAGCUGCAUGUGCGAUUGCGCUGGCUGAACAGGGUGCCAACGUGUUGAUCCACUACAACACCUCAGCAGGACCAGCAGAGGAAGUUGUCGCCAAAGUCAAGAGUCUUGGGGUGCAAUCUGUGGCAGUCAAAGCCGAUGCGUUGAGCCCCGACUUCGGUAGCACUCUGGUGGACGCUGCUUUGAAAUCGUUCAAUGCGAAAACCAUCGACAUCAUCGUCAACAAUGCUGGAUUCGCCACGCCCAACAUCCAAGGAAUCGCCUCUGUGGGAUUUGACGAGUGGGAUCCCGUGUUCCGUGUCAAUGUGCGAGCCCCAUUCGUCCUGAUUCAAGCAGCGCUGCCACACAUGACCACUGGGGGACGCAUUAUCAACAUUGGAAGCAUAAUCUCGCGUCUUGGUUCCUGGAUGCUGCCCGUGUACUGUGCCUCCAAAGGGGCUCUGACCUCCAUGACAGUCGCAAUCUCAGAGGAGCUCGGUCCCAAGGGGAUCACAGCCAACGUGGUGUCGCCGGGUCCCAUUGCCACUGAUCUGUCUAUGGAGGGUACACCCAUUGGAGCGAGGUUGAGGAACAACCAGCACAUCAAGAGGGAGGGCACACCGAAAGAGGUUGCUGAGGCAGUGCUGUUCAUGGCGAGUCCAGGGUCGUCGUAUAUCACCGGUCAGGUGAUCCAUGUGGAUGGAGGGAUUGCUUUCCCUUAA